AUUAAAAGGAGUCUGUCUCUAUCUCUUCGUGCAUUCCUGCAAGAGUAGGCAUUGACAGGUGCACAGUAAGUUACACUGUAGCCUGAAAUAAUUUACAAUACACUGAGUGUAUUAUAAACACUGGACUGACGACCAAGAAACAGGAGCAAUGAAAAAGGGUAUUCUGGAGCGCCUGGAUGCGGGGGAGGUGGUGAUAGGAGACGGGGGAUAUGUGAUUGCUCUAGAGAGAAGGGGCUAUGUUAAGGCUGGUCACUGGACGCCAGAGGCCGCUGUGGAGCAUCCUGAUGCAGUGAGACAGAUCCACAGGGAGUUCCUGAGGGCAGGGGCCAACAUUAUACAGACCUUCACCUUCUACUCCAGUGACGAUAAACUUGAGUUAAGUGGCAAUGUCACCAACAUUACAGGUCAACAAAUCAACGCGGCCGCCUGUGACAUCGCCAGGGAGGUGGCCAAUGAGGGGAAUGCUCUAGUAGCGGGGGGCGUCUCUCAGACCCCAGCCUAUAGUGGCAGCAGCAGUGAGAAGGAAGUGAAGGCCGUCUUCAAGAAACAGCUAGACGUGUUCAUCAAAAAAGAUGUGGACUUUCUAAUUGUGGAGUAUUUUGAGCAUGUGGCAGAGGCCGAGUGGGCAGUGCAAGUUCUGAAGACCAGUGGGAAGCCAGUGGCUGCCACCCUUUGCAUCUCCCCAGAGGGAGACAUUGAUGGGGUUACCCCAGGGGACUGCGCAGUCAGGCUUGUGAAGGCUGGGGCACAGAUUGUUGGAGUCAACUGCCAUCUGGACCCACUGAUUUGUGUAAGGACAGUGAAGCUGAUGAAGAACGGGUUGGAGGCUGCCAAACUGAAGGCCCACCUUAUGGUUCAGCCCCUGGGUUUCCACACACCAGAGUGCAACCAUACCGGCUACCUCAGCCUGCCCGAGUUUCCUUUUGCAUUGGAGACAAGGGCAAUGACCAGGUGGGAUAUGCAGAAGUAUGCCAGGGAGGCUUACAAAGCAGGGAUCCGUUACAUCGGAGGCUGCUGCGGGUUUGAGCCCUACCACAUCCGGGCUGUUGCAGAGGAGCUGGCCCCAGAGAGAGGUUUCCUGCCCCCAGCGUCCGAGAAGCACGACCUGUGGGGCAAAGGCCUGGAAAUGCACACCAAACCCUGGGUCCGGGCCAGGGCUCGGCAGGAAUACUGGGAAAACCUUCUGCCGGCAUCAGGGCGACCAAAGUGCCCCUCGAUGGCAACUCCUGAUGCUUGACCACCAGCAAGAAAAUACAGCUGCAAAACAAUGCAAAUCUAAUCAUCAAUCAAUCAAUCACUAAUCAUCAGUUCUCAUCACAGGCAAAGCUAAUACGCAAACACGUACAACCAUGACAACUUUUAUAUUCCUUUUUUUCACAUGCAAUGAAUAAUCAAACACAAUGUGAGAGAUAUUGCUCUAUUCUUGUACUCUGAAUAUGUAACCCCAAUAAAGAAAUCUCAGAGA